AUGCCGUUCGUUGACCAUAAGAAGUACAAGAUCCAGCGUGAGGAUAUGCCCGCUGUUCCUCACUUCAGUGACUUCAAUGAUCCGCGUUUUUGUGGCACUCACAACAAGCAGAAGAAUGGUAUCCUUGCAUACUACCAGUGGCUUCAUUGCAUUGGUAACUGGGGUGAGGAUCACUCAAUGUGCAAGAAGAUGCGAUGGUACCUGGAGCGAAUGAUGCACGAGGCGUGGCUUGAGAAGUGGGAGGAAAAGCGUGCUUUAGGACACUUUGACCACGUUAUCCUCUAUGGCGUAAAACCAUGGAAGGAGUUUGAGCCUCUGUACCAGCCUGUGAAGAAAAACCGAAAGGGUGCAUAUGAGUUCUGGCUGGAUCGAGACUUUGAGCCUCUCUACGACCCCGAUGCUGUGGACUUCCGUGAGAAGGCUCCCAUUCUUCACGAUGUGUUUGUGAAGGGUAAGAAGCCCGUCUACGAUUAG